AUGGUACGGCGUCCUACAGACCCAGAUAUACCCCCUGAGCCGGAGCCGGAUUUGCCUCCUAUCAUAACAGCUAUGGCUGGAAUUGCGCAAGGACCGGCGCCAAAUGCCCGGCUCACAUCUCAAGCUGGCGGCACGGGUACCGUUAGUCGAGCACCCCAGUCAAACGCGACGCCAGGCCGAGACCCGCGUGCUCGUGGCGCGCUCUGGAUCCCGCGCAACUUCCUCUGGUCACAAUCCUCUAACCGCACAUAUAACGCGGAGAGUAGCAUCAACCGAAGGGCUAGACAAGAUAGCCCCGACGCAUUCGCCUCUGAUCUGGCUAUAACCCCCACCCCGCUCCGCGUGGUCCCGGCUCUUCUCUACCCGGAAGCAGCUUAA